AAACCUCAGUAAUGACUGCAGUGGCUAUAUGUCGACUUAACUUAAAUCAACUUAAAUUUGUAGUGUAGACAUGCCCUAAGUCACAUUCAACCAUUUUUGUCACUCCUAAGUACCCAAGUCACUUUGAAAAUGGGAAGUGACUUAGGUGAUUAAUGUUUAUAAUCACUUGGAGAUCCUCAGGUGAUAGAAGCUAUAUGUAUAUGCUGUUAUUUUAGAUUAAUUUUGCUUUGCAUGACGUUGCUGACCUUAAAACACUGAAUAAUUCUUCUUGGCUGCAAGUAGAUGAUUGCUGUAACAGAAAAAACGCUGAGUGUUAACUGUAAACAGAUGAUACAUUUUGAAAAUCCAGUGCUUGAUAGACAGCUGCUUACUCUGGUUUUAUUUUUAAGUAUGUGACUUAUGGGGAAACCCUUCUUCUUUGAUUCUGCAACCACUUGUCCUUAUUGUAUGGCAGCACUGUGUAGCUCCAUAAGAGGUGCACUGUUUGACAUGUAUUUAUAGAAGGCUCACAUGUUGGUGGUCAGCUAUAACUAAUCUUAUGGUGAGUUUUUGACCCCAUAAACACUUCUUUUAACAUGUGAAGUAUAUGACUCAAGGAUUGUGGUUUUCUGUUAUUGUAUUUCACUGUCUGGACUUGAAAAUGAAACCUACUUUUAAACGCUAACUCAAGAAGGUUGUUGAUAAAUUGGAGAGGGUUCAGAAAAGAGCCACAAGAAUGAUUAAAGGAUUAGAAAAUCUGCCUUAUAGUGAUAGACUCAAGAAGCUCAAUCUCUUUAGUUUAACAAAGAAAAGAUUAAGGGGUGACUUGAUUACACUCUGUAUGUACCUAAAUGGGGAACAAAUGGGCUGUUCAGUCUAUCAGAGAAAGGUAUAACAAAUUCAGACUCGAAAUAAGGCUUAAAUCUUUAACAGUGAAUAAUUAAGCACUGGAACAGUUUACCAAGGGUCACAGUAUAUUCUCCAUCACUGACAAUUUUUAAAUCAAGAUUUGAUGUUUUUCUAAAAGAUUUGCUCUAGUAUUUUUUUGUGGUUGUUCUCUGGCCAUAUUUAUAUAGGAGGUCAGACUAGAUGACCACAAUAGUCCCUUUUGUCCUUGUAAUCUAUGUUACAAUGCUUUUCUUCAAGGGCUCCAGGCUUCCUGCACAUAGAUAAAAUACAGAGAACUCUAAGUCUUUCAUGACCCCAUUAAAUCAUGUUUACAUCCUUUGUGAAGCUUCUUGGUCGCUUAAACUCACUGGUCAUGUUUUCUUCAUAAAAACAAAGCCUAUUACUUAUAUUGUAAAAGUAACUUAUGAUACUUUCUGGGAGCAGGAAAAUAGAUGUGGAAAAGGAAAGGGUUAGGAUUAACUAAUAAAUACUAAAUGUCACCAACUAAACAGUCACAAUUUAUCCCAACCCUCAGAUCCCUCUUGGGCACUUUUCCAGGCAGAUGAUUCAGAGAAGCAAUAGCAUAUUAUCUGUGGUGAUCAUUUUUUCCUCUGGCUUGUUCCUAACUGUUUUGUGACAUUUAUUUAGGAGGGGAAGUGUCCAGUCAGAUCUUGGCUCCCAUAUGUAGGCACUGCUGCAUGCUCAGUACAGAAAGUGAAAGCUGACUUUCUGUUCUGAAAGUAGUUACCUCACAGGAAGUCUCAGGAUUGGAAGACAGUGCUAAAAUGUCCUGGCCCUCUCUGCAUGAGUUCUUCCACCAUUUCUGUCAAUGGUUGAGCUGCACCUAUGGUGAAUUAUUGGUCUGAAUCUAAUGUAAACAAGGGCCUAGAGUUGUUUCUUUUCCUAGUCAGAGAGAGAAAAAUAUCCCCAAUCUUGUGCAAUUAGCUGGGAGAUCAUGUUUUGUUUAUAAGAUAUACAUAUUAAAGGACACGUGUGCGUGUCUGUAAAGGCCAGAAUGUUUGGAGAACUUUUAAACAACAAAUGACUGAGGAAGGACAUGACUGAUGAAGAUUAAUGGCUAGUUUUAUAUAUAAAACUGAACUUUAACAAUAACCUCUGGUGAUAGAAAUAUCUGAGCUUUUUAUAUCUAUCCAUAUAAGUACUUACAUGGUCCCAUCAAUGCAGUGUUUAAGCAUCUCCCAAAUAUUUAAAAACAAAUAGCAAUAGAAAUUUUCAUCAUCUUUUCUUCUUGUAGAAGAAAUCACUUACUUUUGUAUGUAGUAUAUGUGUGAAGAACUUAAUGAGGGAAAGCUAAAUCAGAAAUGAGUGUUGCACUCAGUUCUGAAUGCUAUAAGGUUAGUUAUAAUUAGUUUAAUACUUGAAAUAAUUUAGUGCUCGAGAGGCAGGAAUGUUUAAAGUACCUAUCUCCUUGGCAUUGAAGUGCUGUAGAGAAUUUAAGUAUUGGAGUCCAUAACAUAAAAUGGGGGUGUUUCUCUUGGUUUCCCUGGAAAAUAAUAGUAAGGUAUAAAAAAUAAGUUAUUGUAAAUACUUAAUUUUUGGUAGUGAUGGAGUGGGAACUCUCUGGAAAAGGACAGGUGGUGUGAUCUUUUCAUGGCAUUAAGAAGUCAUCUGACAAAACUGGAAGGAAAAAUGACAAAUUUCUCAAGUUUAUUUUUCAUUAUUUCAUAACUGGAAGCUUGCAGUAUGCCAUCAUAUGGUCUUACUCGUUGAAACAGGCAGUUUAUUAAUUCUUAAAGCAUCAGAAAAAGGGCAUCUACUUAAUUAGCUCUGUUUUAACCAGGGUUUUACCCUGUCAGUGUCCUUGACUAUUGAAGCUAUGGGAAAUGACUGAUCUUUUAAAAAACAAAGAUUUGUUGCCUCUUCUUUUUUUAGAGGUAGUUGGCAUAUGUGAUUUGCUGCAUGUUAAGAAAGUUAGUGCUCAUAGGGACAGACUGUGGCACCCUUACCUCUGCAAGUAGCCUCAUUCAUUGUAGUGGGACUGUUUGGAGAGUAAAAUGCUACUCAAUGUGAGUAAAGGUUUCAGAAUCUGGCUCAUAGGUUGUUUUUUUUUUUUUUUUUUUCCUUUCGAAUUUAGAGACUAUUACUCAAUCUAUUGUUUUGGCAAGGUAUUUACACUUUCUUUCUGUGUUUUCUUUUGCAUGCUUUCUCGGCUGGAUUGCAAUAGAGAAGAAGAAAAUGAGGGCAAGACUGAACAUGUGCAGAAAGCUGGUUUUGUCAAAGGCCCAGUGUUCAAAGGUGUUGCUUCUAGCCGCUUUUUGCCCAAAGGCACCAAGACAAAGGUUAACCUUGAGGAACAAGGAAGACAGAAGGUGUCUUUCAGCUUUAGUUUAACAAAGAAAACGUUGCAGAAUAGAUUUCUGACUGCUCUUGGAAAUGAAAAACAAAAUGAAACUCAGAACUCCCCAGCUACACCCCUUCCAACUGACUUCGCCCCCAAAAUUAAAAUGGACCUGGGGGAUACCUCUGGUUCAGCCGAAGAAUCUUCACCACCAAAACCUAAGGUGGAAUUGGGCAAGAUCCAUUUUAAGAAGCAUCUGCUCAGUGUAACAGCAAAGCCCCUGCCAGCUGCUGUAGCACCACCACCGUCGCUAGCAGCUGUAGCUCCAGCAGAAGUGGCAGCAGCAGCAGAAUGGCCGUUGACCCCAUCUCCACCGCUCUCACAAACAGCAUCUCCACCAGCACCAGUGCUAACAGCAGUAGCUUUGCCCCAGUCACCAAGAGCCGCAUCAGGGACAGCGGCACCGCUUCUGCUACCACCUGUAGAAUCAGAAGUCCAAACUUCAAAGGAGCUAUCAAAUGCAAUCGCGAAAGAAACUUUAGAACUGGACGUUAAACAGGAUUCUGCAUCUAAUAGUGCCGAAGAACAUGUAACUCAAAAUAUGUCUGAGCAAAUGGAAAUAACUUCACAGCAGGAAGAUUCCCAUAUUGGGAAGGAGGAAGAAAUUUCGAACAGCUCAAAAAGUGUUUCUCUGUGCUCCAAAAAGCAGGGUUCUAAGAGGAAAUUUUCUCAAUCUGAUGCCACAUUACUGGGUUCUGAAUCUGAUGAAGAUUCUAUAAGGACUUCUUCAAGUCAGAGAUCACAUGAAUUAAAAAUAUCAACAAGCACAGAAAAGGAAAGAGAUCCGAAAAAGAGCUCAACUUCUCUCAAAAGUGAAGAUUCGGUGAAAUCUUCCUCUCGAUCUAAAUCGGACAGAGAUGAAAAACAUUCUAGCCACCCAAAACCAGAGAGAGACUCUAGGUAUAUGUCCUCCCGAUCUAGAUCAGACAGGGACAGAAGACGAAGCAGGUCUCAUUCUCGUUCUAGGUCUGACAGAGGUUCUAGAACCAGCUCAUCCUAUUCAAGAUCAGAACGCUCUCAUUAUUAUGAAUCUGAGCGAAGAUACCAUAGAAGCUCCCCUUAUAGAGAGAGGACAAGGUAUUCGCGUUCUUACACAGAUAAUAGGACAAGAGAGAGUUCUGAUUCAGAAGAUGAGUAUAGGAGGACCCAUUCCAAGUCUAGUGACUCAAGGCGUACGUCAUCUCAUUCCUCCUCAUACAGGGAUUCUAGAACUUCUUCCUAUUCUAAAUCAGACCGGGACAGCAAAACAGAGUCGUCUUAUGCUGAAACAGAGAGGAGAGGAAAGUCUUCAAAAUCAGAUAGAGAAUCAAAAAGGACUUCAGAAAGUGAAGUAUCAAAAAGGUGUUCUCCCCUUAAUGAGCUGGGUUAUCGAAGGGGGACAUCCCAUUCUAAACCUGAUAGUAAUGUGAACUCUUCCUAUUAUAAGUACACCCCUACAAAGACUUCUGCACCAAAGUCUGAUAAGUCUAAAAGUUCUUUCUGUUGUACAGAAUCAGUUGAAGAAAUCAAACACCAGUCUAAUUCUUUAGAUUUAGAGACACCUUGUCUAAAAAGCAAUGAGUUAAGAAUGACUAUUAUAAAAAAGUUUGAAAGGGAAAAGAUGGUUUCUCCAUUCAGUCAAUUAAAUGAUUCACCUACUUUUAAAAAGCUGGAUGAGUCAAAAGAUGGUUCUCCUAAUUUGAAGUCUGAACUUAUAGGAAAUGAUUGCCAUGACAGUAUUAAGGAACCAGAAAAUUUAAUAAAGGUAAAACGUGAUCAAUUAAGAACGUAUUGUCCCAUAGAACUGAAUAUAAAUGGGUCCCCAGAGGGUAGGUCUGAUGACUUGGCAACUUUGUGUGUCUCCAAAACAGAGGCUGUUGCAAUGUCUUCUGAUGAUGGUCUCGGUAGAUCAGAGGUAUCACCACUGAUAAAAAGUAAUACAUUUUAUGUGUUGCCAUCUAAUGGAUUUCAAAGUGUAUAUAAAUCUAAAGAACAAGAUUUGGAUGAGUCUCAUAUACAGUCUGAGUUCAACAGUUCAUUUAAAGAAAGAGAGGCUCCAGUUCCUUCAGAGCAAGAUGAAGUUAUAUCUUCUCUUGUUACAAAUGUAGAUCAUUCUGAAAUGUUAGUUAAAAAAUUGGAUGAUCUGGCAACUCCUUGUAACAGAACCAAAGAUUCAGACUUUUGCUACAUUUCAGAUGAUACUAGUCCUUCUUUGUAUCAUUCAGAAGUUGAAAUUGAGUCCACAGAUAUAAAGGUUACCCAAGAAACUUUAAUGGACAUUCAUGUAGAGCCACAAACGGUUACAUGUGAUUAUGAAAACACGGAGGAUCAAAAUUCAACAAAGUCUGCAUGUGAAGAUGAACUAUAUGAUAUUAGUCCCUCCCAUGAGCUGAGUCUAACGGUAGAUAGUUUAAGCAGAGAUUCUUCCCAAGAAGAAUGCUCCCUGGAAAUCAAAUUAGACAAUGAAAUUAUUACACCACAACCAGAGGAAAACCUUGCUUCCAAAUUGGAUAGAGCCAUGCAGAAUGAAAGUGAAGAAUGCUUGCAACAUUCUGAAACUGAGAUGAUAAUUGAAUUAGAUGCCCAGCAAAUUGGUCCUGAUUUAGAAAAAGGAAAACUAUCAUUUAAAAAUGAGCAUUCAUAUUAUUUAGAAAUACCAGUAGAACACCUAGAAAAAGAGGAACCAGCUAAGGAAAGUUCUACCAUCUUCGCUGAAAGAACCAGGUCUGAUGAUUUUAAAGAGCAAUCUCUGGAAGUCUCAGUUGGCAAGGAUGAAGAAAACGAGUCACUGGUGGUUUCUGCUUUUUCAGAAGCUUUGUUUCCAUCUUGUGAUGUCAUUGUGACUGCAGAAGAAACAGAAACUGUAGCUCCAGCUGCCACGUGUGACAGUAGUGGCAAUACUUCUGAAUUCAUUUCUGCUCAUAACGAUGAUUAUUCUGAUACGGAAGAAAGUGAGAGUGAGCAGGACAGUGAAGAAAGUGAUACAGAAGAUUCUGAUUCUGAUGACAGUAUUCCAAGGAACCGUCUUCAGUCGGUUGUGGUGAUUCCUAAGAAUUCCACUCUAAGUAUGGAAGAGAGUAGUCCUUGUUCGUCUCGGAGCAGCCAAGGUAAUACACGCUACUCUGAUCAUUGGGAAGACAAUAGGCCAGAGUCCAGCAAACCUUACUAUGAAGAAAGAUCAGAAAAUACAGCAAAUAAAAAUGGUCCACAUAUUGAGAACAAGUGUUCUCCUCCUAGGGGAAUGGACAAGAGUCCAGCAACAUCUACUGAGCUCAAUAGAAAGGAAGCUGAAGAUCUCCAGCCUGAUAUUUCUCAGCCUCAGAGUGAUGGAGUUGAUAGUACAAGUCAGACAGACCUAACAUCAAAUUCUAAUGGCAGACCAAAUCCAGAUGAAAGAAUAUUGAAAGAAUUGAUGUCCAUAGCUAGACCGGUCGGCAGACAGCAAGAUGAGCAGCCAUUUUGUUUUUCUGAGAGCUUUGAAAGUGCUGAAAAUAAAUCUAGGCACCAGACACAUUCUUCUAAGCCAGACAGCAGGCAGGGAAAGAGUGGGUUCAGUAAUGUAUCUGGCACAGGAGAGUUCUCCAAAUUGGAUGGUUUUCAUUCAACAGAGGACUUGGGUAGCCUGGGGUGGGACUUCUCUCAACCAGAGAAACCCAGUAGCACAUAUCAGCAGCCCGACAGCAGCUAUGGAAUGUACUCGGGUUAUGUUUGCCAGCAGGGUUCAGGAUCAUACAGUGGCUCCCAGAAUUACUGGCAAGGCAAUGGCUGUUGGGACCCAAGGUCUGGUAGUAGGCCCUCUGGAAUUAAUUAUGAACGAAUACAAGGGCAGGUACCAGAUUCCCUAACAGAGGACCACGAAGAGUAUGAACAGGAUGACAAUUGGGUCGAUGAUUGCAAAGCUCACUUUCCUAGCCAGUCGAGUAAAUUUCAUUCUCUCAGUGAUAAAGAAAAGGGUUCUGUGCAGGCACAUGAGAUAAGCAGUAAUUCAGCAAAGGAGCCAACAGUUGUAAAUGAGAAAAAAGAGCAGGCAAAAAUUUUGGAAAAAAAUGACGUGAAAGAGCGAGGACCACCAAAGAAAAGAAGGCAAGAAUUAGAGAGUGACUCUGAGAGCGAUGGAGACCCAAGAGAGAGAAAGAAAGUAAAAACAGAUGGAGAGGGGGAGCAGUCGGAGUCCUUGCCUCAGGGUUCAGCAGUGGUUCGCCCACUGUGUAUCAUGGAAGAGUUUAGAGACCCGCAACGCUGGAAGGAGUGUGCCAAGCAAGGAAAAAUGCCCUGUUACUUUGAUCUCAUUGAAGAAAAUGUGUAUUUAACAGAAAGGAAGAAGAACAAAUCCCAUCGUGAUAUCAAGCGAAUGCAGUGUGAAUGUCCGCCUCUUUCCAAAGAAGAGAGAGCUCAAGGGGAGGUAGCUUGUGGUGAAGAUUGUCUCAAUCGCCUGCUCAUGAUAGAAUGUUCUUCCAGGUGCCCAAAUGGGGACUACUGUUCCAACAGGCGGUUCCAGAGGAAACAGCAUGCAGAUGUUGAAGUGAUCCUGACUGAGAAGAAAGGCUGGGGACUGAGAGCUGCGAAAGAUCUCCCAUCUAACACGUUUGUGCUGGAAUACUGUGGAGAAGUGCUGGAUCACAAAGAGUUCAAAGCCCGAGUGAAAGAGUAUGCCCGAAGUAAGAACAUUCACUACUACUUCAUGGCACUGAAAAAUGAUGAGAUAAUAGAUGCAACCCAGAAAGGAAACUGCUCCCGUUUCAUGAACCACAGCUGUGAACCAAACUGUGAGACGCAAAAGUGGACUGUGAAUGGACAGCUAAGGGUUGGCUUUUUCACCACCAAACUAGUUCCAUCAGGCUCAGAGCUAACAUUCGAUUACCAGUUCCAGAGAUAUGGCAAAGAGGCUCAGAAAUGCUUCUGUGGCUCAACUAACUGCCGGGGUUACCUGGGAGGAGAGAACAGGGUCAGCAUCAGAGCAGCAGGAGGAAAAAUGAAAAAGGAACGCUCUCGUAAGAAAGACUCGGUGGAUGGGGAGUUGGAAGCGCUGUUGGAGAAUGGAGAGGGGCUUUCAGAUAAGAACCAAGUUCUCAGUUUAUCCCGGUUGAUGGUUCGGAUUGAAACUUUGGAGCAGAAACUCACCUGCCUAAAACUCAUACAGAACACACACUCGCAAGCCUGCCUGAAGUCCUUCCUGGAAUGUCAUGGCUUGUCUCUCCUCUGGAUCUGGAUGGCUGAGCUGGGCGAUGGAAGGGGAAGCACUGUGAACAACCUGAAGCUCCAGCUAGAGAUUAUGAAGACUCUGGAGCUCUUGCCUAUACCCAAUAAAAACAUGUUAGAGGAGAGCAAAGUGCUUCCAAUUAUCCAGCGCUGGGCUCAGACCAAGACUGCUGUCCCACAGCUCAGUGAGGGGGAUGGUUAUUCCAGUGAGAACACAUCACGGGCUCAUACGCCACUCAACACGCCAGAUCCUUCCAUCAAGCAGAGCACAGAAGGCGACACAGACACCCCGAAGAAACUUGUCUUUCGAAGGCUCAAAAUUAUAAGCGAAAACAGCAUGGACAGUGCAAUCUCUGAUACCACCAGCGAGCUGGAGGGAAAGGAGGGCAAAGAAGACCUAGACCAGCUGGACAGUAUGCCUGCAGAGGUGGCAGAGGAGCAGCCGCAACAGGAAAUCAAAGCUGCCAUUGAUGCUGCUGUGGACAGCAGCAAACCUCAGGCUGCUGAGCUGGAGGCUGAGCCUGAAGCAGAGGCCAAAGAGAGCAAUGGCACAAAGCUAGAAGAGCCCAUUGCAAUGGAAACACCGUCUCAAGAUGAAGAGGAGGGUGUGUCUGAUGUAGAGAGUGAGAGGAGCCAAGAACAGACUGACAAAAUAGUGGAUAUGAGUGACUUGGCUACCAAGCUUCUGGACUGCUGGAAAGACCUAAAGGAGGUGUAUCGAAUCCCGAAGAAGAGUCAAGCAGAAAAGGAGAGUAGUGGAGAUCGUGGGAGGGAUGCAGCUGGUCAUAGGGACCAAACUGCUACCCCAAAGAAUCCAAAUCAGAGCAGAGAGAGAGACCCUGAGAGGCAGAGCCAGAGUAAAGAGAAGAAGAAACGGAGAGAGUCGUUGUCCCCACCAUCUUCGGCCUAUGAGCGAGGAACCAAGAGGCAGGAUGACAGGUAUGACACACCCGCUUCUUCUAAGAAGAAAGUGCGGCUCAAGGAUCGCAACAAGCUGUCCACGGAAGAACGCAGGAAGCUGUUCGAACAGGAAGUAGCUCAGCGGGAGGCUCAGAAACAACAGCAGCAACUACAGAACCUAGGGAUGACUUCCCCACUUCCAUACGAUUCCAUGGGCUACAGCGCUCCCCACCACAGCUUCAUUGGCUAUCCCCCUGGCUAUCCCAUGCAGGCUUAUGUGGAUCCCAGCAAUCCCAAUGCUGGGAAGGUGCUACUGCCCACGCCGAGCCUGGAUCCCAUGUGCUCUCCUGCAGCCUAUGAGCAUCCCCAGACUUUGGUUGGGCACACAGUCGAACCACCCCUGACUACUCCUCAGCCAGUACCAGUAGUACAACAUGUAGCAACAACGAUGGAGGUUUCUGCUCCUCAGUAUGUAGCACAAAGUGACACCGUGGUCCAUCAGGAACCCAACGUAGCUGUCUUGCCAGUGCCUGCCCCGGGUCCAGUGCAGGGGCAGAGCUAUGGAGUAUGGGAUUCCAGUCAGCAGACUGUAGCUGUGCAACAGCAGUACUCUCCGGCCCAGUCUCAGCCAGCCAUAUAUUACCCAGGACAGACGUGUCAGACUGUUUAUGGUGUGACAUCACCUUAUUCUCAGACUGCGCCACCAAUUGUACAGAGUUAUGCACAGCCAGGUCUUCAGUAUAUCCAAGGGCAGCAGAUUUACACAGCUCAUCCACAGGGAGUGGUGGUGCAGCCGACGACAGCAGUAACAACGAUCGUAGCAGCCGGGCAGCCUCAGCCCAUACAGCAGCCAGAGCUGGUAGUGACCAACAAUCUUCUGGAUCUACCGCCGCCAUCUCCUCCAAAACCCAAAACCAUUGUCCUCCCUCCCAACUGGAAAACAGCCCGAGAUCCAGAGGGGAAGAUCUAUUAUUACCAUGUGAUCACAAGGCAAACCCAGUGGGAUCCUCCUACCUGGGACAGCCCCGGAGAUGAUGCCAGCCUCGAACAUGAAGCUGAGAUGGACCUUGGGACUCCAACGUACGAUGAAAACCCAAUGAAAGAUCCAUUAAUGUCUCAAGAUGGAAGCAUAGAAGGUACACCAAAUGCUUAUAAGUGUGGUCAGGCACGAGCGGGAGAACAACUAGCUCUGGAGCCGAGAAUAGCGAUGGAAAGUGAGCCAGCAGCAUCUUCCAAAAAACCCAAAACAGCAGAAGCCGACACUUCGAGUGAGCUGGCUAAGAAGAGCAAAGAAGUGUUCAGGAAAGAGAUGUCUCAGUUCAUCGUGCAGUGCCUGAACCCCUACCGCAAACCUGACUGCAAAGUAGGAAGGAUAACCACAACGGAAGACUUCAAACACUUGGCACGCAAGCUGACUCAUGGUGUGAUGAACAAGGAGCUGAAAUACUGCAAGAACCCGGAGGAUCUGGAGUGCAACGAGAAUGUGAAGCACAAAACUAAGGAGUACAUUAAGAAAUACAUGCAGAAGUUUGGGGCAGUUUAUAAGCCCAAAGAGGACACGGACUUAGAAUAACCACCUCUAACCUUUGGAAGGAGAGAUCCAUCCUUUUUGGACCUGAUGAGAAGGAAUCCUCCCCGCUAACCUCAGAGGCUGUUGGCUUGGACGGGACUCUCAAUUCUGACCUGACCCUGCCUAUUCUUUGACAGAAAUAUCCCUGUUUCUGUAUGAAAUGAAGCAGUUGCCCACUGUUUGGGAGUGAGGAGGGCGACGCAGAGCGGCGGAGUGGAGACAGCUCCUUCCAUCCUCUUCCUCUUUGCAGGCAAACCCGGGUCUCAAAUCUGGCGGUGCUGUUAGGCGCACUGACCCAUGCGCACAUCUUGUGUCCCCGAGAUCUGUAUUAUAUUUUAACGUAUAUGUGAAUAUAUUGAUAAUUUUUUUUGCUUUUAGCCCAACACGUGCUGAUAUCACGGGAACACUUUGUAAGGAUAGUUUUGUUUUUUUGUUUUUUUGUUCUCCUGCAAGGUUAAUCUGUUAUCAUGUAAAUAUUCAGGAACAGGCUGCCUCUGGGUUUCUGGCAGGCCUUGUGCUAUGUUGAUAAGAUUGAUUUUACUGCUUAAAUCAUUUUACUUUAUCCAAUUUUUACUGAACUUUUUAUGUAAAAAAAAUUUAAAAAAAAUAAAAUGAAAUGAAAUGAAAGAA